AUGGAGAUUAACAUAUCUACUAUUCCCAAAUCAACUAAACGCGAAAAUAUAGACGAUAGACCUCAUGUAUUACAAUUAUUACCUUGUAAUAUUGAUCAUGAUGGAAAAGCUAAUAUCGAUAAAUACUUUAUUAUCAAUAAAUUAAAAGAUAAACAAAAGAGAGAUUUAAUAAAUGUUACAAAUGAUAAUAAUAGUGAUAAUAAUGAAUCAAAUGAACUUUACGAAACCUUUUUUCGUGGUCGACGCCUUAUUGGAAAAAUACAUGAAAUAAAUAAAGAUUGCGAAGGUUACAUAUUCAAAGAAGCAAAUAUUGAUAAAGAAAUAACACAAGACGAAGAAAUGAAUGAACAAACACGUGAUUGGAAUACAAUCCGGAAGUUUGACUCAUUUAUGGUUUGGGAACAAAAUGAAAUUCCUAGUCCAUCAAAUAAUCAAAUUUUAAAAUCUUUAGAAUGGUUAGAAAUUUCUAAAGUUAUACAUGAACCAACACCACCUACUAUUUAG